GGGCUUGAAUAAUGUGCGGACGCAUCUGGACCUGUGAAGUUUAAAUAUUUCUACUUGCACCACUGCGUACCAUGGAGUUAUACAGACGUUUGUUGCUACAUAGCCAUGGUCGGUCUUAUGAAGGGGAUCAGAACCUCCUUACGUGCGGCUGAGAUAUUGCAUUUACUCCAAACAUCCGCAACAGAAAAAUGUCAUGCCAUGAUACAAAAAUGGCCGCCAUCUUCACAUGAAGGUUAGAGCGCAGGAUGUUAAGGCGCAGGAGGUUCCAGCGCUAGAAGUGAAAGAGCCGGAGCCCAAACCAAUACCAGUUAUGAAACUGAUGGAUCCCUUUAUUAAAGUGGAAGAUGUCAGCCGCCACUACAGACCAUUGUUUGGGCUUCGCCUUAUAUUUGAGUGUCCCUAUGGCCCUAGUCACCCAAUGGACACCAAGGAAAGUGAGCAUAAGACCGCAGCUCACCAGGGCCCCACCAAGAUGCCAGGGUACUGCGAAUGCUGCAGGUGCAUCUACCCUGAUCUGGAAGAAGUCCUGCACUUUCUAACUGACAUUAAUGUGUCUUCUGUUGGGGAAAAUACAAAUGAAGAUCUUUAUUCUCAGAUGCACAUUUCUUUCCUUUGUCUCCAUAUUGGAGCAUCUUGAAAGCCCUCAGCACAAAAACGUUGUGAAGGGCCAAGAUUACAAGGCCCUGGAUGACCUUAUUGCCACCCUGUGCGCGGACUGGGAGGAGCACUGAAGAUCAAAACACUUUCACCCAGCUCCUGUGUGUGCUGGACUGCUUGGGAGCCAUUAUCCGAUAUGCUCUGCUGUCACCUGCUGCGACUCCCGUAUCUCCAGCCGGAUAUGAAAAACCUUAUCCUUAUGUACCACCAAAAAGCUCUGUGAGCAUAUCACUAUCACCAUCUAUCUUUAAAAAAAUAAAUAAAUAAAUAAAUAAAUAUAUAUAUAUAUAUAUAUAUAUAGAUUGUAUGCAGCAGAGCUAGUGAUCUAUAUACGGCUCCUUCUUGUUUAUAUUAUGCAGGCACCAUAAUUGAGAAGGUCACCAUAUGAAUUUUAAUCUUACGCUUAUGCAAUA